UCUUGCGAGAUCUAAUUUUCUUUUCAGUCCACAACGAACUUUAGCACAUGUUUUGCUUUUUUUGCCACCGUCUCAGUCUACGUAGCAAUUUACCUCUGAAAAAUUUAGUGGGAAUUAGAUAAAAAUUCGGCGGUUACAAUAGAAAGUUCACCAAAAAUCCAACUCACUGACCACGAAAACAUUUCGCAUUGCAUAACUGCAAGUAUCCAUCCCUCUCUUUUGAACUCUCUGAGCAUUGUUUUCUCAAUAAUAUUUUGCGGAAGAUAGUGUAUGAAUUUAUUGCCCUAAAUCUGUGACAUUGAAAUCCACUAGAUCACAGUCACACACAACAAUUUCGUCAUCAAAGUGCUAAAAAAAAAGAGUGCAACUCAACAAUCUUAUCAGAUUACCGUGCAUUGUGAUUAUCAUUAUGCCAGAAAAUAUGUGCAAAUUUUGAAACUAUCUUAAAGGCCUAAAGUGAAGCAGUUAAUCAAUUUCGGUUUGUAAUUGAUUCGAUACAAAAGAUGUGCUUUCGUGAGAACUGUUGCGUGGAAUAUUGCUAAAAAAAAACUAAGAGUGAUCGUUAGAGUUCCUCAAAGUCACCUAAACACGAAAAUUUGCAAUAAAAAAAAAUGAAAGACAACCCAUUGAGUGAUGGUCUAGUUCCGGAUGGAGGCUGGGGUUGGAUGGUUGUCCUUGGAGUAGCUCUGACAAAUAUUUUCAAUCAAUCCCUAAUCUCCAUCUUUGGGCUACUCUUCAGUCAACAACUUGAGGAACUCGGUCAGACUACAACUGGAGUAGCUCUUGUAAUGAAUGUCAAUAGUAUUGUCUCAAAUUCUUCUGGAUUCAUAAUUGGACCAGCCAUUAAAACCUUUUCUCCACGGAGAGUGGCAAUUUUUGGGAGUCUCCUCACGGGAACUGGACUGAUUCUCAGCAGCCAGUCACGGACUCUCUGGCAGAUCCUCAUCUCCUACGGUGGAAUUGUAGGCUUCGGCCUAGGCCUCCUCAAUCCCUCAACCUUUAUGGCUGUAAAUUCAUACUUUUCCCGGAAGCGCGGUCAAGCUGUAGGAUUAGCACUGGCAGGGACAGGGAUUGGACAAAUGAUAAUGCCUCAAAUUGUGAGAUAUCUCUUGGACGAGUAUGGAUAUCGAGGAGCCGUACUAAUCGUAGGAGCUCUAUCCUUUCAUGGAAUUGUUGGAGCCAGCCUAUUCCAACCAGUUGAGUGGCAUUCGUACCACUCCAAUAAUUCAGAGGAAUACGAAAAACUCCUGGACAGUGAUUCCCCAAAACACCCGAAACUCCCGCCAGAAACCGUUAUGGGAAAAUUGAAGAGAUCGAUGGACUUACACCUUCUGAAGGAUUUUUCAUUCCUAAAUAUUGGAUUUGGAGUAGCUCUGGCCUACACAUCUUCCAUCAACUUCUCAAUGAUUUUUCCUUACUUCCUUCAGUUUUCAGCUGGACUGAAUCGCACAGACGUAGCUCUCUGCAUGUCUCUUCUGGCAGCAAUGGACCUUGCUUCCAGACUCACCUUGCCCACCCUUACAGAUCGCUACCGGAUCUCCUGCCGAAUGAUUUUUCUCGUGGGAGCCAUCCUACUAAUCGGAAUCCGAGUUAUUCUCGCGGAAACAACCCACAGGAAAACCCUCUUUGUAAUUUCUGGACUUUAUGGGUACAUCCGGGCUGCCACCGUGGUCAACCAGAAUCUUUGUGUAUCUGAACACUGUUCCCAAGAAAAAUUGGCCGGUGCCCUGGGCCUAGUCAUGAUAGCCAAAGGGAUUUCUGUGAUAAGUCUAGGACAACUUUUGGGAUGGGUUCGGGAUCUUACGGGCAGCUAUCGCUUCUCCCUGCACAUGCAAAAUGUCCUACUUGUACUUGUUGUACUCUUUUGGCUUCCGGAAGUUCUUUGGAAGCGCUUCCGACAAUAAAAUUCUUUUUUUGGAAA